GUUAAACUUGAAACAGGACCUUAACUAUUCAGAUUAUAUCUUAAUUUUCAGUUUUCUCUUUUUAGCGAUUUUCAAUAUAUAAAAUUUGUCUGUUGAUCGUAGAAUACUUAGACAGUUUAUAUACACAAGUUUGGAAAUUUUCGGAGUGACGUAUUGUGCUACUGUCAUGUUAAUGUAAUGUUAAAGAAUAUGUGUUUUUCCUAAUGUUUUAGUAAAUGUUCUGAGCUGACGAAAUAUUCCGUUACCGGAACAUGAUCUAUAUGGGCUGAAAUGGACGUUGUAAGCCCUCAUUUAGUCUAAAUUAUAUGUGUAGAUCGUUCUUAUAAUGUUAUAUGACAAAAUGAUUAUAAAAAUUCUGUAAACAAUCAAUAGAUUCAUUCAUUUGAUCUUUAUUUGGAUUUUAUAGCAUAUGUGUAUUUUAUAUCAGUGUCAGUUCUUGUAUAAGUUCUUGCGCAGUACAUGCUAUAUUAAUGUUUAGAUGGACACUUCCCAGUGAAAUUUUUGUAUACAAGUUUCCUUUUUAAAUUAUUUAAACUGACUAAAUGCCCUCCCUUUGAUUGAUAAUGGGAAUAUUUCAUGUAAUUUUGUUACACUUAUUAAUCAUUAGAUAAAUGGGUGUUUGAUUUGCGUAUGUGAUAUAGAGUCUAAAACUGAUAACGAUAACACAGUUGUAAUCUUACAUUAUUGACAGGUUAAAAUCUUUGAUUUUGGAAAGAGUGUUUUGAGACCAUGGAAAUUACUGAAUACAAUGUACCUGAAUGGUGUUUUCCUAGAUAUCAGUACUCGAAGAAAAUUAGAAAGGACAUCGCUAAACGUUACAAUAAUUUGAUGAGGAGACUUAAACGUGAUGGUGAGUCACUAGAAGAAAAAAGUGAUUUUCAUGAUACGGAAAUUUUCAUUAUCUUCUGCAAAGAUUUAUCUUUAGAAGACAACUUUCCGAGUAUCCAGUCAGUAGUUUCUAGAAAGAGUGAACUCAUAGCCAAAGGAAAUACGUCAACACUUGAUAGCUUAAACGAUCUAUUAUCAAAAGGACCUUUAAAAGGACAUACCUUUAUCAUCACAAACAGCAAAAAUGACAUUUCAAAAUCUGUAAAAGAGUUUAAGGGACAUCUUCUUGUCAUUGCUAAUGAUGAAAAAGAUGAACAAGCUCGUCUGGGAACGUUAAAACAUUAUAAACACGUCGAUGUGUGCACGAAAGAAAAUGUUUGUUACGUAGUAUCCACACAUUUAGAACGAAAUGCUUUCAAGGGAAUGAAAGACGCUUGUGAAUGUCUUGAUUGCAUUCUCGUGAACAGAACACUAGAGCAUUUCAAAACACAACGGGAUGAGAAAGCUUCAGUGACCAAAGAAACUGCAGAUAAAGAAGAAGACGCUUAUAUACAGACAGAGGUUGUCAUCAAAAGAGCACAAUCGGCAAAGGAAAACUGUAUGCAUUAUAUACGUUGCUCAUGAAAUUACCUUAGUAUUCCACUUACCUCACUUGUUAAUGAAAAAUAUGAUAUUUGAUUUAAAGUGAUUGUCUAUGCAUAAGUUAGUCUGCAUAUAUCUACAAUAGAAAAUUCAUAAGAUAUUAUGUGUUCAAUCAUACAAUAAGUACAAUCGGGGUGUCAGAAGUACAUGUAAUAAUGUUACAGAAUUCACAACCAUUAUUCUUACACAUGGCAAGCAUUAUACCUAGAAUGCCUUUUGAUUUUCAGGCAAAAAGACUACACAAUACAUUCCGAGACGAUGGAAGUCAGCAAAUGAUAAAUCAAAAUUAGGUAGUAGGCUGCAGAAACUUGUAAUAUUGAAAGAAUGCUGGAAUGAAACAUUUUUGAAUAGAUAUUUCAAUUUGUUAACGUAAACAUGGAGAAAAAUAAAUAUGAAACAAUAUUUCGAAUGCUAGAUGCUUCAAUAAAGCCAAUUGAUACGCAUUCCAUACAUUGACUUUCAAGUAAUAUUUAAACUUGAUGUGAAACAUAUAUAUAUAUAUAAAUUGAUUUUACCUAAAUCUUCAACCGAAGCUUUAUAUUUUAGAGUUGAUAACUCAAUGCUUUCUUCUUAACCUUUAGCCUGCUGGCGACAAGUUGUUCUGCCUUUGCGACCAGUGCAGACCAAGAACAGCCUGCACUGUUUUCUCUAACUGAAAUAAGGUUUGAAAGCGAACAGUAUGGAUCCUUAUCAGACUGUGCGGAUGCGCAGGAUGGUCAGGCACCAUGCUGGUCGUACAUGCACAGUGUUGGUUUUCUCAUGGUGCGGCUCAUAUCUUAUCUGAAGUUUAGUUUACAAGGAAACAAAACUUAUGGUUCCUUUAUAGUUGUGCAAACCAUUUUUAAUAACUUUACGCAAGAAAAUUAGCAUAAAAUUCGUGCUUUAUAAAUGCACGCAAAUAUUUGUACAAAUGUAUCAGUUAAAACAGUAUCAAAAAUACAAAUAAAAGAUAUGAAUACUUUAUUUUAUAAAUGUAUAAGCAAAGAAGAUUGUAUAUUUUUAGUACACAUCUUCGAAAUGACUUUCUUCUUUGUCGAAUUUUCAAGUAAAACAUGUUUAAAUCAACAAUUUAUACAUGUAAUACUUCAGAAUAAUCUCAUACAAAGCGGCUUAUAUUCAUUAAUAUGACAUUCAAAAUGAUUUCUAUAUACAAAUCUCGGAACCAGAGUUACUAAAAAUGUUGCUGAAUAGGACUGACUGAGUUAAAUGCGAUGCAUUUUUCAUUCUUAGGUAGACACAUUUAUUUAGACAACGAUCAAAAUCUUGACUCUUCCUCCUUUGAUCCAGAAACCUCAGAUACGCCUUCUUUGUCAAGAAACAGAUUAAACACUGUGAGAAAACGAGACAAGGAUGACAACACUAAACCUCAGAGAAGUAUCGCUGUUUUAAGCAAAGAACAUAUUGAAUCUAUAGAGCGUCUCUAUGAUGAAAUUGUUGGAAUGUUCAAUAGAAGUAAUCUUCCAAAAAAAGAGUUUCCGUCUCUAAGUUACAAAAUGAACAACAAAAUAGAUGAAAAGGUUGGUAAUUUGUAUGUUAUUUUCCAUUUUAUACUCGGUAGAGAAGUUGGCAGUAUGAAAAAAAAUAUUAUCAGUAUUUUACUUUUUUCGUCAAGAAUCCGUUUUGUAACGUCGAUGAAAUGUCUCAUUUUAAUAAUAUAUGAUUUUUGUUUUUGUUUUGAUUUUCAGUUAUUGAUCAAGCUGCAGCAAAUGAGUGAUGUGAUACAAAGCUGUGGAUAUCGUUUCAGCACAUUUCAGGUUUAUACCAAAGAUGGGUUUUGUUCAGAAGAUCUCAAUAAAAACGUUAAAGCACUUUUAGAAGAGCAUGGUAUAACAGAAUAUUCAAUAGUUUCAUCAGAUAUAAAUACGUUUUCAACUUGUCACGUCGGCAAGAAAAUUGCAGUGAAAAAAACGAAUGAUCGUAAAGUCUGCGGAACGCUUGGUGGAUUUGCGCAUACGUCCUCGGGAGAAUCUGAACGAACUUGGGCUCUUAUCUCAAGACAUGUUGCUAGUUGUAGUUCAGAUGGAAAUUUAUAUGUUGAAAAUGGUAAAGACCGCAUGGUGGCUAAAAUAAUGAAACAGAUACAUGAAGGUGAAACAGAAAAACAAUAUUUGGAUAUCGCUGCGGCUUGUCUAGAAAAUGAUGCAGAAACUGGCUAUGAUACUCGGUAUAUUACAGAAGAAAAUAUAACUGUACAAGGAAAGCUUUGCAACUACGACACUGAAAAACUUCGCGGCUUACCUGUCCAUAUCAAAGGUGCUUCAACACCACUGGGACUAGGUACUGUAACUAUUCCAGAACAAAGUUCAGUUCAAAAUUACGAUUUGGGCGAAAAUUAUAUUGUUGUAGAAGAUAGAGAGGAAAAUGGUGCAUUCUGCAAGGAAGGUGACAGCGGUGCAAUGGUAUGUGCAGAACAUCCAGAUAAAUACGGUGAAGAGGUCCAGCUUAUCUCAAUGGUCGUUGGGGAAAACUGUGGUAGAAAAGGUUCAUACACCACGGUCAGAUUGGAUAAAGGAUUAGCAGAGCUUAAAACUCUGACAGAAAAAGAAUUUAACUUGAGUUAACAUUGAGAUACAUAUGUCAUACUUACCUCGAUGUCUAAGAAUAUAGAACUCCUUCAAUGGUUGGAGAUUCAAACAGAAAUAUAUGACUUUUUUCAUAUCAUCGCAUAUUCCGAUCGGCGACCGCAACCAGAGGUGGAUUAUUCUAUGCAUACCAUAUUCUACAAAUAAUUAAAGACAGAAGAUAAAACAAAGGACAUUUUGUAGUAUUUGAAUAUUGUGUUCUUGUACAAGUUGACACAUUUACGCAUCCAUA